UAACCAGCCCUGGUGUGUUUGUUCGCCCUCCCGUAACACCCCUACACAGCUCUUACCACGGUGAUUAGUAGCGGGACUCUUCACAAACAGAGUGUCAAGCAGGUCUGGAGAUCACUCGGUCACUGAAGUGGUGAGCACUGGUGUCUCUUGAGGACACGGUUCCAACCACAACCACCGUGCCCACAACAACAAUAACCAACCACAACACAUCAACAACCACCGGCACGACAACAAUCACCGACAGUGCCGGCGAUGAUGGACGGCACUCACCUCGACCGCAAGGCCGACCCCACCAUGCCCCGGGUCAACUUGGCCGCAGACUCAACGCUCAAGCCUCAUGAAGGUGGCGGUGGCGGUAGUGAAGGGAUUCACUUUGGCCAGGUUCCCAAAUGGCUGGCGCUUCAGUUUGAGUCUGGGACCCUGCACGCCAUAUCAGCGCUCACGCAGUACAGCCAGAUUUACGGGUUGACGCUCCGCCUGGCAGAGGUGGACUCAAUGGACGGGGUGGUUGGCCGUCACUUCACGGUGGCCGCGUUCCUGAGUGGCGACCGCGUCUCCGUGGCCGUGGGGCGCAGCAAGAAGGAGGCACGUGCAGCGGCAGCAAUCGCCGCCAUGAAGCUGCUACUCUGCUGGCAGGGAGAUUGCAGCAGCAGCGGCGGUGGCGGUGGCCAGCAGAGGAGGCAGGAGCAGCAGGUGAUGGGGGCAGCUGAGGCUGAGAAGACUCGGGGAUGCACAGAGGUGACGGUGCCGGGGCCGCUGCUGCUGGAGUUGGGCAUGGGGCCCGAAGCCCAGGAGGCUGUGGCGAUGGCCGUGCGGAAGAAGUGUGCGGAGCUCGUGGAGAUGGGGGGGGGGACCCUCGUGGGGGGCAAUGACGGCGCAACCCCCCGGCUGGCGGCGUUCCUUGUCAAGCGCGUGGGGCACCCGUUCCAAGUGGUCGCCGUGGGAACCGGCUGGGGCAUCUGCUCCGAGACGUCCAGUGGCAAGGGCCGUGAGAUUCUCGACUCGCACGCCGAGGUGACGGCACGCCGCUCCCUUCAGCGGUACCUCUACCGCCAGCUCCUGCUACUCCAAGCCGGUGAGGGGACGGUGCUGUGCAGCACUGCCGCUGCUACCCCCGCUGGCGGGGGGCUGCGCUACAGUCUGCAAUCGGGGGUCACGCUCCACCUCUACCUGGACCAGCUACCCCGCGGGGCUGCCCUCGCCUACCACCACGGCUCCCAGAACCUGCAGCAGGUGCUGGCGACGGGAGAAAGACACCUGAUUUCGGCCUACACGGCGCCUCCGGCCCCACCAGCCCUGCAGACCCCACAGGCCUCGCAGGCCACGCCAGCCGCGUUAUGCCAGGCCCAGCUACCGAUAGCCGUGAUGAGCGGCAGUGACAAGCUGAUGCGCUGGGAGGUGCUGGGAGUGCAGGGCAGCCUUCUCAGCAUCUUCCUUGAGCCCGUGUACAUCAGCUCCAUCACACUGGGUGGAGCGGAGGCCUCGUGGAACUGUGUGGAGUCGCUGCGGGCGGCGCUGCACGGCCGCGUGUCGCUGCGCCUCUGCGCCGACCUCCCCGGCGCCUACCUCACCAACAUCGCGCACAUCGGCCACGUGCCCCCACGCGGGGGGCCACGGACCAGGGGGCCAGGGGCAGAGGCCGUGAACUGGAGCGAGGGUGACAGCAGCGUGGAGGUGGUGGAGCCGGCGACGGGGAGAGAGUCGCCCACGUCCCCGUUUGUGUCGGGGCCGCACCACGCGAGUCGUCUGUGCAAGGCGGCUAUGCUGUCUCGCCUGCGCCUCGUGGCGUCUCGCUUCUCCUCCUCCGCCGUGUCCACGGCACCGGCCGCGUCCGUCCCGGCGCUGCUGUCGCUGUCGUACAGCGCGUGCAAGGCGCUGGCAAGCGACUACCAGCAGGCCAAGGCCGCGUUCCACCGCCACGCUCACCACCUCGGCCUGGGAGCCUGGCAGAGCCACCCCAGCACACUCGCCACCUUCACCCGCUGAGCACUCACUCAACGCUGCUCAGUCGCUCGCCACCACCACGCUCGCCACCAUCACCACCACGCUCAUCACCAUCACGUCCACUCACCACGCUCGUCACCACCACCACCACCACGCUCAUCACCAUCACGUCCACUCACCACGCUCUCCACCACCACCACGCUCAUCACCAUCACGUCCACUCACCACGCUCGCCACCGCCACGCUCGCCACCUUCACCCGCUGAGCACUCGCUCAAUGCUUGCUCAGUCGCUCGCCACCACCACGCUCGCCACCAUCACCACCACGCUCGCCACCAUCAUCACCACCACGCUCGUCACGCUCGCCACCACCAUCACGUCCGCUCACCAUCACGUCCACUCACCAAGCUCGCCACCACCACCAUCACGUCCACUCACCACGCUCGCCACCUUCACCCACUGAGCACUCACUCAACGCUGCUCAGUCGCUCGCCACCACCACGCUCGCCACCAUCACCACCACGCUCAUCACCAUCACGUCCGCUCGCCACCACCACCACCACGCUCGCCACCGCCACCACGCUCACCAACAUCAUGCUCACUCAUCACGACCACUUUCACCACCGCUACGGUCGCUACCGCCGGACUCGCCACCGCCACGCCCACCCCCACUAUGGUGUCCACCACGCUCAUCGCCCCCACACUCGGCACCAUCAAACUCGCCACCACUCUCACCACUACGCUGACCACCAUCACGCUCGUCACCACGAUCACCACCACAACGCUUGCCACCAGCAAACUCGCCACCACGCUUCCCAGCACCACCACUUCUCAGCACCACCACUUCUCAGCACCACCAUGCUCACUUUCCCUGUUGAUUUGUGUUGCUGCAUUGCGUUAGCACGAGGAGGUUCAGAAUCGAUGUUAGGUUCACAGUGGCCAUGGCAAAGACACUGAGCCAGCGCAGCUGAGAUCCUGGACCUGAGCCCUGGGUCCGGGUGUCUCUUGGGGAGUUCACGAUGGCCGUUUCGCAGAAACCAAGCCAACACAGCUGACAACCUAAGUUUGAUGAUUUUCUCAUGGGGUUCACAAUGGCCACGUCAGGUUCAUAAUGUCCGUGUCGGUGCCACGGUGGCUGCGCCGUUACACCGGUUCCGUCUACAAGUCUUCCGCCUUCACUCUUCGUUUCCCUGUGCCCCCUGCCUCCAGUUUGAGGCCUCCUCCACCGUCUUGUCCACCGUGUACACGCUGUGAUCUGCACGGCCACUGUCGACGCUGCAAGCCUCCGCAGUUGAAAUUUCUUUGCAAAAAAAUCAAUA